CGGGAGUUGGCCUUUGUGCCCGCAGGUCUGAGUAUCCGGAGCAGCCAGGAGGAGGAGCCAGUGGAUCCCCAGCUGAUGCGACUGGAUAACAUGCUGUUGGCCGAGGGGGUAGCGGGUCCUGAGAAAGGUGGGGGAUCGGCAGCAGCCGCUGCGGCAGCUGCAGCGUCCGGCGGGGUCUCCCCUGACAACUCGAUCGAGCAUUCGGAUUACCGGGCCAAACUGGCGCAGAUCCGGCAAAUCUACCACACUGAGCUGGAGAAAUACGAACAGGUAACCUGGGGCAGCCAGUAGUGGGCUCGGUCACCGCUACCCCCAACCCCCAUCAUGGAGGGGGAGCACAGGGUCAGAUACAGAGGAAAGCUCCA